CACGAGAACGUUGGAUCUGGGGUUCGCGCUGCGACGACUUUCCGCACAGCCAAUGCAGUUGCGAUGUGGCAGUUUCUGUUCGCGAAUAAAAGCUCUGCUUGUGCAAAAUGGCGCGUUUUUUCGCAAAUGCAAAAUCAACCAGUAACAAAAUGGCCACCAUUCGUUAAAGUUGUCCAUGUGUUUGUACCGGGGGGUCUAUGGAGGUAUUUUCAGUUUUGGUUUGUGAAAUUACUUGAAUGCUUGGUGGAAUCGGAAAAACGAUUUGUAGGUUUUGCUUUCAUCAUCAACCAAGCUAGGCUCCAAAGAGAUGACGAGUGUCCACUCCCUCGCUUGCAUUCUGACACUACCGCGUCUCCUGCCUCUAAUGUCGCUGAUAAUUCUGCUCCAACACUAAUCCCAAACUGCCGCAAGAGCUUGAACAUGUCCUUGCAAUUUCUUAUUCGCUUUAGAUAGCUCCUUAUUCUUUUUAAUAAAUUGGGGUUCCACAAACGUGUACGUCGCAGGUCCUCAUUAGCCACAUUCAUCUUCCAGGUUGACGUUGAAAUUGCUGUCCUCGACUCGCUGGCCGGUCCGGCUCCCCACUAGAUGCCAGUUCACCAUUUAUCGUAC